AAUAAAGUUUGUCAAGUUUUAUGGGAUGACAAUAAAAGAAAGUUUUAUUGAAGAUCUCGGUGACACUAUUGAAGAUCUAACCACACUCAAGACGCCACGGAAAAACUUCUUCUCCGAUCAGAAAACCAAUGCAGCGUCAUUCUCAACCUGCAAAGAAGUCGAAAGAGUGGUUAGGAGUAAGUUUCAAGCCAGCGAACUUUAUACCUGGGGUGGUAAUCGGUUUCAUUCUCGGACUAUUGUUGGAUUUGUCGAAGCCCUCUGGACCUAGCGGCAAUAACAAUCGAAGCAAUAAUUCCCUUACCAGGAGGAGUCGAUUGUUGUCCAGAAAUCAAAAGGAGAAGACAGUAACUCAAGGAUCAGCUAACUCUGAUAAUGAAUUCAAACUGGUCUUGGUGGUAAGGCGAGACUUGAAGAUGGGACAAGGCAAAAUUGCAUCCCAAUGUGCACAUGCUGCAACUGGCAUGUACUCAGAGCUAAUGUCCAGUGAUAGGUCUCUGUUGAGGCAAUGGGAAAAUUGUGGGCAGCCCAAGAUAGUUGUUAGCUGCAGGAAUCAGCAAGAAAUGAACAAGUUGAAGGAAGCAGCUGACAGCAUAGGCCUCCCCACUUUUGUUGUUGCGGAUGCCGGGCGUACACAGGUUGCUUCUGGUUCAAAAACAGUUCUGGCUGUUGGGCCUGGAAGUAAAGCAGCAGUGGAUUCCAUAACUGGGAAAUUAGACUUGCUUUGAAUCCCUGGAAACUGAAUAAGUGAAUAGGCCUUGAUGGUGGGAUAUUACGAUGGCCAUUUCUUCGCUACAUUAUCAUGAGAGCUGACAAGAAGAGUCUGCUCUACUGCUAAUCCAGUCUGCUGUAUUAAAAGAGCAAUUUUCCAAACAAAUUGGACAUUUUGUUAUUGUAAACAUUACGCUGUAAAAGUUUUCGUAUUGUGUCAUUGGUUGAUUACGAGCCCGUUUGGUAACACUUAAAUCAACUGAAUCAGCUGGUUCUGCUGAAUUUUAUGAAGUUGUGGUUAAAGUAGUUGUAU